AUGUGGCAGCCCGUCAACUUCAAGUCCUCAUUUAACGCGCAUCUCAAUCUUCUCUCAUCCGGCGUGGCCUCUGACGGCCGUGAAAAUUUCACAGAAUAUGAAGCACUCAUUCGCGUGGCGCUAUUAUUAUGGGUCAGAGCCAAAGUCACGAGUCCGAGUCCUCCUCACUUCAAACCCCAGCAGAACCUGAUGACCGUAAGUGAACGUCCAUUGACUUAUGCCGUUGUCGCAUUUGAGGCAGAGCGAUUGAUCGCUCAUUCAGAAGAAUUUGACAUCUCACAAAUCCCCGACGACCGAGACGAAACUUCAGGCCCCAAAUCCGAUGCUGAGCCUGAUCACCAUCCGGUACCUGCUCCCGAUGAAUCCGCAGACAUGCCACCACGCUCUGGUCGCAAAUACGCGAGACAGCCCAUGGUGGUGAAACAGAAGACGAAUGCGCCGCGUAGAGAAUCCAACAAACGCAAUCGCAGGCGGCGGCGGUCUUCGAACAACACCAGCAAUGGCGCGGCCAGUGAAGUCUCCAAACGAAAAUCUCCUCCUUUCAGCCAAUAUACAAACACAAGCCCAAACUAUCGACCGUUGAAAGAUACAGAACCAGAGACCUAUCACAUAUAUGCGACAUCGGAUACAAGUGAUGCACAAAGCGCGGAAGGCUCUGUGCGGUAUGGUGGGAUUACUCCAUUUCCUGCAGGAGAUGGAGCAAGCGGGAAGAACACUGCUCCCGUGCCUAACGUGACCCCGCCGGACGACAAUCUAGUUCUUGAGCAGGCUGAAGCUUCCCAUGAAGACCCUGCACCUGAAAUGCCUGUCGCAACAGGGACGAAGUCGACAAAUGGAGGGACUUGCGGUCCGGUAGCUGCACAGCCACGACAGCCCGAGAACAAUGACGAAAGCUGGUUUCUAUGCCCUCUCGCGGACGCUCACAAUUGCAAAUUAACUUUUGCCACGAGAAAGUCAGCCAUGAGACAUUCGAACGUUCACACGACAAGCUUUGUUUGUGUCGUCUGCAAGAAACAGAUGAGCCGCAAAGAUACGUUAGCCAAGCAUAUGAAGCUGCACAAUGCAUUGCAGAUCGCGUUAGCUGAAGCUUCCUCAAACCCCGUUGAAGACGCACAGCCUGAGGAGCCCGAACAACGCCAACCUCCGCAGCCGAAUGUUGGGGCGCACGCCGAGGUCAAGGCAGGAGAGCCGCCAGGAGAGCCACCGGAAGAAUCCUCAAUAAAACUUACGACUCCGGUAGAGGAGCUGGAGCUUCAGGAGCAUGGUCACCACACCGAAGUCGAAACUCGGCCAGAGGGACAGGAAGGGCCGAAGGUCGAGAUGAGCGAAGCUACGCCUAAUGUUGACUUAGCCGAAGAAGUUUCCGACCAACAGUCAAUUUCCCCGUCUAGCCUCUUCGACGAAGCAGCAGGUAUCAUUGUGAAGGAGACCCCCAUGCCCAACGGGAGCCUCAAACGCAAAGGGAGCUCUGAAGACGGCGCUGGACCCCAACGGCCUAGUUUAGAAAGAGCUCGAAAACGCAGAAAGGAGUCGCCCAGCUCUCCGCCUACAUCUGACCCGCCUAAUGAAAUGACAAUGCUAGAUUCUACGGACAUGUCAAUCCCAACAGAUGUACUUCAGAGUCGGCAACUGACGGACAAGAUUGUACCACGACUCCAGAAAAGGCAGGCUAAUAUGGACGGCUGGGCCCAGAACUAUAUACCAGGUUCGGGCCUCAGGCACCCGAUUCUGAAUCCGGAACCACCACCGCCGCCCUCGCGUCCCGCUAUGCAACAGAUGGAAGUGGUCAUCUCACGAACAAGUCAAGCUGGCCCUUCUAGCAUCAAGCCGAAGAAGAAGAUUGUGCUGGCAGACAGAGAAAUGGGUACUGAUCAUGAAGGAGCUGAAGUGAAUGCCUUUGAAGGGCUCGGCCGGAAGAAACGUAGAAAAGCUACUUACGCGACACCAAAGGGCAAAAAGCGAGCAGAGGCCGAUGUAGACUACUCGACCCCAACAAAAGAUCCUACUAACGGCGAAGUUGGCUUAUUUGACACCGUUGGCGACAUUGAACCCAUGGACAUUGCAACGUCUGUUGCCAAAAGGACAUUCCCUGCUCGAAGAGGACAAAAACGAGGCGACAGUCAAGAAGACGACGACUCCGAUUUCGUUGCGGAUCAAAAUACCGAGUCCGAGGACGAAAUGGCCAGAGCAGAACCAGCUAACAAAGCCACCAAGGUCACUAAAGCUCCGAAGAUGAAGGGAUCUCGCAAUGGAGAUUUGUUCGAGUGCGGCAGCUGUCACCGAAGAUUUGCAAAUCAGGAUUCGCUCAACAAUCACUUGAGGCAACCUUCCGCGCAUGUGGGUCUGCUCAGGUGCCAGAGGUGUUCUGAGGAAUUCUGGGCGAGUACUGCGCUGGCCGAACAUGAGAAGGACACGGGCCACGGGAAGGGCAACGGCCUACAAGGACGCAUUGGCCCCUUCAGUCAAAUCGAGGUCGAAAAACUAAACAGGUGGAGAGAUCAGUUUUGCGAGAAACACAACAUCAGCCGGGUUCAGUUCAACGAUAUGAUGACUGACACUAUGGUACGAGAAAAAGGAAGCAGUUGGAUCUGGCCCUUCAUCGGGCGAACGGCGUUUCUCAAAGAGUAUGUCGAUGUUCUCCCAAAUCGAAACAAAAGGUCGCUGCUGCGCUAUCGUGAGCGAAACUUUCAGAAUGUGGAGGGGUCGAAGAAUUGGACGGCCGAAGAUGACAAGGAACUGAUUCGAUUGCACAAGGAACUUGGGCCGAAGUGGGCUGAGAUCGCAAAGAGGCUAACAAGGACGGUGGAUGCAGUCAGUCAAAGGUGGGGGCAUAAAUUACGGUAUGGUGAAGUCGACACUGGUGAAUGGUCGAGAGCAGAGGAUGACAGGUUUCGCAAGAUUUUGGAGGAGCUACGGCACGAUUCGGACGAGAACAAGUUGCGGAACCACCGCAUUCCGUGGAAUAAGGUCAGUGAGAAAAUGGGCACACGGUCUGCGCAGCAGUGCUCAAACCAUUACCGCGCUCAACAUGCGAAAAAAGCACGAGGGACGUGGAUUAAAAUGGAUGACCUGGAGCCGACCUCUGCUUCGAGUAAGGGUUUGCCGCCUUCGAAGAUGGAGUUGAGGUUACGCGGACAGAAAUUGAGAGCACGAUAUUCGAAGAAAAGCCUGUCGGAGGAGUAUAUUCUCGACGAGGACGAGAGUAGUGAUGCAGACCGAGACAAAGGCCAGAGAGAUUGCAACGCUCCCGAGAACGACAAGUCGGCUAAGGAUGAUCCAAACGAGGACACCAGCAUCAAUCACGAAUCUGACUCUGAAGCAGAUGUUGAGAUUGAGGGUCAAUCGCGCUCGUCCGCCCAAGGCGCACACGAGGCCGAUAGCGUUCCUCACACACGGAUUCCAGUGAUCGCAAAAACGCCUGGUAAAACUCUACGUUCGAGCCAACUGUUUGAGCAGACCCAGGCCAACACUUCGGCACUAAAGCCUUCGCAAACAAGCAGCAGGAAGGCGAGACUACAGGCAAGCCAAAAACGACCGUCGCCGGACAUUCCCAUCCAGCAACGGCGACUGGAAUCGAAGUCUCCCUUGCAGGGGAUCCCGGUGCUGGAGAAUGGUGAACUGAAUCUUGAGGAGGUCGAGGAGGAGGAUGAAGAGAACGAGAGCAAGAGUGAAGUGAGCGACGCCGAAGAAUCUGAAGACUCGGAUGCGGCUCAGCAGACAGAUGAGGAGCAAAGGACUCCCCUCGAGGACUCUGCGGAUGAAAGCGAAGAUGGACCUGCAGGACAUCUUGUCGACGAUAAAGCGACAGAAACCGAAUAUAAUGACGACGAUGAUCAUGGUACUUUAGAUACGGGUGGGGAUCUGGAUGAGGACGACGGAGACACUGAUGACAACGUUGACGAAGGAGCACUCGGGGGAGAUGGAGAAGACGAAGAUGAAGACGAAGACGACGAAGACGAAGUCGCCUCCGGUGGGAACACAUCAAGUUUCAUGGACAGUAUCAACGAGUCUGCGAAACGGUCGCGGAUACGCAGCAGUCAGAGUUUACUCGUUACCGACCCGAGGCGUCGGGAUCCCAAGCAGCGAAAACUGGACGACUUUGAUCAGGACGGUAGCGACGAGGAAUGA